CCGGUGCCGCCGCCGCCGCCACCGCCGUUGUGGUGGUCGUCGCGCGUGAUCCCCGCUCGAUUCAUCGCCGCCGUCGUCAUUUCGGGGUAAUAUGGCCACACCGCCAACCGAAGGAGAAAUCAGAGUGGGUCCCGGCCAUCAGGUAAACGAUAUCUAUGCAACAUUACCAGACUAUCAACCGAUCGAGAACUACCGCUCCGAGGACGAUGAAGAUCGCGACCUAGAGGAUCCAAGAUGGACACCCGGACUGUACAUUGAUAAUGAUUUGUUGAUGUACCUGACCGCCGCUCGUUCAAUAUCCGCCUUUCAGGGUAUGUGCGAGGAAGAUGGUUGUAUGGCAGCUAGUCGUGACGAUACAACUAUAAAUGCAUUUGAUGUUUUACACGACUCAGGAUACGACGCCGGCAAAGCCCUAGAAGCACUGCUAAAGUGUCCCGUGACGAAGGGCAUCGAGAAGAAGUGGACCGAGGAGGAAACGAAACGCUUCAUCAAGGGGUUGCGACAGUUUGGGAAGAAUUUUUUUCGCAUCCACAAAGACCUGUUACCACAUCGGCCAACGCCGGAAUUGGUAGAGUUUUACUAUCUGUGGAAGAAGACGCCGGGGGCAAACCAGAACCGGCCCCACCGCAGACGACGGGCGAGCUCGCUCCGACGGCGCAACACACGGACGAACAGUAAUGCGAGCGGCACCGCGCCGAACAGUAGCGGUAGCAGCAGCAGCAGCAGCAACAGCAACAGCAACAGCAAGAAGGAACAGACCCCCGAGCGCACCGUGACGGAUACCGGCUCGUCCCGACCGUCGCCGAUCGGCAAGGAGGAGAACAGCUCCGUUACCGAGGACGACGUGAGCGAGUGCGACAGCGAUUCGAGCGCCAACAAGGCGACGGCAGCGGCGGCGGCUGCAGCGACAGCCACCGCCAACGGUACGGCCGGCGUUGGAGCAGGUAGCAACGGCGGCGGCGGCGGAGGAGGAGGCGGUGGAGGUGGAGGAGGCAGCAGUAGUAGCAGCAGCAGCAGUAGCAGCAGUAGCAGCAGCAGUAGUAGCAGCAGCAGUAGCAGCAGCAGUAGCAGUAGUAACGGAAGUAACGGCGGCGUCGGCGGUUCCGUCGGCGUCGGAGACUUUACGACGACGGCCAGCAGCGGCGGCAUUGGCGGGGGCACGGUCACCGGCGAGGAAUCUCCGUCGAGGAUGCGGACCCGCCAAAAGCCAACGAAAGAAACGAAUGCUACCAAUGCGAAGCGGCCCAAGCGGGGCGGUACGGAGACACCGGAGCAGCAGACAGCGACCGGCACUGCCGCAGCCGCAGCCACUGCUGGCGCCACAGCCACGGCGGGCGGUGGUGGUGCUGGUGGUGCGCCCAACACCGGUGGUAGCAGUGGGAACGGGGCAAGCGCAAGUCUGGACAGUCCAAAGACGCCCAGCAAAACGACGAACAGCAGCAGCAAUAAUAGUAGUAGCACCAACACCACCGCCACCACAGGCACUGGUAAUGGCGGGAAUAGCAGCUCCUCGGGUGCAGUUGGUCCAACGGUGGACGGUGUCGGUGGCAAGCAUGGCGGUUCGCAGACCGGCAGCAAAGGCAGCAAGUCCGCUGGACCGGGCAAGACGGAAACGACCACCCCGAGCAAGGGCAAGAAGCGCUCGAACGAGCAGGAGGUGGACGGAAGCGACGAGAAGGAUGGGCAGAAGCGAAAACGCUCGGACAGCCCGGCCGAAAGCCUCACCACCGACAGCCGACCCGGCUCCGUGCUGGACGAGAUGGAAUCGGUCAGCGAGGCGGCGACGGAAACGAGCAUCGGUACGCGCACCACCGGCACGCCGACACCGGUCGGACACGAACGGUUGCAGGGCGCAAACUCGGUCAGCUCCGGUACGGGCAGCGGCGCAGGAGCCGCUGCCGACGGCAGCGUGCCAGCCGCGAAGGACGACGAGAAGGAUCCACUGUCGCUCGGACCACCGCUCGCCGCCGAGCCGAUGGUUACGGAGUCGAACGAAAACAGCAGCAGUAGCAAUACAACCACCUCGACCGUGGCCAAGUCCUCGUCAGGUGGUUCGGAAGACAAGGAUGACGAUUCGAACGCGGGUGCUACGGGUGCCGUUGUUGCGUCGGCGGUAGCAACCGUUCCAACGGCCGCAGACACCGCCAAGCUGCCCGAAACGGAGGACAUCUCUCCGCCGUCGACGGCGGCCACCACGCCCGUCGCAACGCCGGCACCACCGACCGCAGGUGCAUUGCUACCCGGCGCCGAUGGCAGUGAACCGUCCCAGCAGGGAGUUGCACCAUCGUCGGAGGAAGCGGCCGCAGCAACCAAUGGUACCAGUAUCAGCACAGCCGGCAGCGGCACCACCACCACGGUGGUGGAGGGCAAACCGUGCGUAAAUGCGCUCGGACCCGCCCCGUCCAGCGACCAGGAGAUGGCUUCGAAGCUGGCCAACAUGAAACAGGAAGGUUCUGCCGCGACCGGACCUCCCACGGGCGCACCGGCCGGUUCAGCAGCAGCAUCGGUCGACUUCAACUCCAAAGACGUGUUCAUCAAGAAGGAACCGAACGAAGAGUCUGGUGCAGCUGCGGCGGCGGCGUCGGCGGCCGCUGCCGGAUCGUCCUCCGCGCCCGGAGAGCAAUCCUCCGGCUCCGGUGUCGGUGGCGGCGCGGCCCCUACGAGUGGCGCCCCCAGCGAGCCACAGGAUUUGAAGCUUAAGAUUGAGGUCAAAUCGGAAGCGAAACUGAUGCCGGGCGGAGGCGCCGGUAGCAACGAAUCGUCCAGUCAAGGUGGCGCCGUCCAAGGGCCGCCCGAGAUGAAGUACGAUCCGGAAAAUCUCGUCAUGAAGCCGUACGAAAGUCACAUCAAGUACGGCGGACAUCCGGGCGAGGACGGUAUGAAGUACGGGGAGCACAAGUAUGGGCCACUGCCACCGCAUCAGCAACCCGGGCCGGGCGAACCGCCGGGCCUGAAGUACGGUCCUCCAGGGCCGCAGGACGAGCCGCUCGAGUACGAUAUGAAGCGGUACCCGGCGCACGGUCCUCCACCACCUCCCAACCAGGAUGGUGGUCCACUCCCGCUGAAGCUUGGCGGUGGUCCGCCCGGACCGCCGUCCGCUUCCGGAGCGCCGGGCGAACCACCAUCCGUCGCAGGACCGCCGCCCCACAUGAAGCUGUCCCAGUACGCGCAGGAUCUGACGGGCCUGAACCUAAAGUACCCGCCGCCGGACGAGCGCAGCAAGUUUGCACCGUCGCCCGCCUCGGACAGUGGCAGCGGCAGUGGCGUAGCGCCUCCACCCCCGUCCGGUGUCGGUGGGCCGCUGCCGCUCAUCCCCAAGAGCCACUAUCCCGACCCGGCCCAGCUCAGCAUGCUGCGGCAGCACUACGAGCACACGUUCAAGUACGAUCCGAUGGCGGCGGUCAAGUACGGACCGCCCGGGAUGCCCCCGUUCGGGGCGGGACCGCCCGGCCAGCACCACCAUCCGCACCAUCCGCUGGCGGGCGGCCUGCCCGGCCAGCCGCAGUCACAGCCGCAAGAUCUGAAGUACCUGCCGCCGGAGGCCAUGGGCCCGAUGAAGUAUCCACCCUCCUCGAUGGCGAGCGACACGCCCACCUCGCUCAAGAACAACAGCUUCUCGGCGGACAAUCUCCUAAAGAGCAGCUCGUCGAGCAACAGCGGCGGCCCGGGGGCGAACGAUGCGUCCAACCCGCUGGACGUGUCGGCUUCGGGGCGCCACGCCAUCACGCCCAACCAGGACAGCCAGGGCAGCAACAGCAGCUCCCAGGCGACGCCCCUGCACGGCAGCAGUAUUGCCUCGCCCCAGUCGGGUGGGCCUCCUCCCUCGCUACCACCGCACGGUGCUGGAUCGUAUCCACCGCCGCACGGACCACCGCCCCCGGGCCACCCGGGACAUAUCGUGAAUCCGGGGCUAAUGCCAACGUUGCUCGGCGCCGGCCCGAACUCGUCCCCGGUGCCACCAACGUCCCAGCCGGGUGGCGUGCAUGUACCCCCCGUGCUCGGCGGCCACCCAUUGGCACAUCCGGGCGGUGUCCCUCCACCGCAGCUGUUACCAACGCCGCCCGGGUCGGGCCCGUACCAGCCCAGCAAUAUGCACCGACCGGGCGGACCAAUGCCACCCUCCUCGGUGCCGAGCUCGGUUUCGCUGGCCGUCUCGUCCAGCGGCAGCACUGCCCUCACCUCCACGACUGCAUCCUCCUCCUCCUCCUCCACGGCGGUAACGUCCCAUUCCCCUGCCCCGAUGCGGCCCUCGUCCGACAAUGGACCGCUGGGGCUGCAGCCGAUGGCGCACCAUCACCGGUCGGACCGGGACCGCGAACCGCCCCGACCAGGCACGAACGAGUUGCCGCCGACCCGCGCCUCCCCCAUCAACUCGUUGCUGCAGGGAGUGCCGCCACCGCACGGCAUGCUGCCCCAUCCGCUGCCGCUGCACCUGGGUCACCCCGGCAUGCAGCUACCUCCGCACCAUCCGGCCCAUUUGGCCGGUCCGCUGGUGGGACACGCCGGACUGCUGCCGCCCUCGCUGGCGGCACACAGCGCCGGCCUGCCGCUGCUCGGCGGGCCCACACCUUCCGCGCUCGGCAGCCUGAUGGAGGUGGCGGGCGCGGGCCGCCGCUCACCUUCGUCUGGGCCGGGCAGUCUAGCGGGUGGCCCGCACGGCCACCUGCCGCCGACCUCGAUGCACCAGUCGGUGAGUGCGUUGGCGGCACAGUCCCCGUCCACCCCGACCGGGGCCGGCGGAGGUGGCCCACCGUCCUCGUCGUCGUCCGCACUGAGCCGGGCCAGCCCGAACGUGCCGCCGGGCGGACCGGGAACCCCGGGCGGCGGUGGCUAUCCGGGCCCGGGCGGCCAUCAUCACCGAUCCAGCUCACCUGCCAACUCGAACAGCUCCGGCCUGAGCCGGGGCAGCCCGAUGCACCUGAGCCACCACCCGUCGACGCCGGGUGCGGGCGGUGCGGGAGGCAGCGGCAGCUCGUCCGCAGCAGCGGCGGCCGCCGCAGCCGCGUCGGCCGAACGCGACCGCCAGAUCAUGCGCCAGCAGAGCCCCCACAUGACACCGCCGCCACCGUCCUCGUCCGCACCGUCGGCGGCGCUGAUCUCCAGUCCGCUGAGCAAGAUGUACGGUGGCCCCUCGGGACAGCGAUCGCCGCCACCGUCCCACCCGUUCCGGCCGGGCGCAUCGCCACCGGUCAUACGACACCCCCAGAUGCCUCUACCUCUGCCGAUGACGGGCCCGAUGGCGGGCAUUCCCGGCUCGGUGAUGCACGCCUCGCAGCCGUACCCGCUGAUGCACCCGUCGCUGUUCAAUCCGCACCAUCACAACCCGUUCUACGCGCCGUACCCGUACGGUCCCGCCUACGGGCCCGGCUUCUCGUACAUGAAGCCCGGCGGUUCACCCCUCGACAAUCCGAUGCUGCACGGGCAUCCAACCGCGAUACCGCCGCCCCGGCCCGAGGACGCGCCUGGGGCCGGUGGCCCCGGGGUGCACGGCAAUGCGGGUGAAAAGUCGAAAUCCUCCGGCGGUGGCAGCAAAUCGCAGCAGCCGCAAACUUCCUCCUCCUCCACCUCGUCUGUAUCGUCGCUGUCCGGGUCGGGCGGAAAUGAUCGUUCGAAGCAGUCGUCCUCCGGGUCUGGCAAUGGAGGCGGCGGUGGUCCGGGCAGUGGGCAUUCCAACUCGUCCAGCCAGAGCGGCUCGUCGGCCGGACCACCGGGUGGCCCCGGCCGGGGAGGCCCCUCGCCCAGCGGGGCGGGCGGUCCCGGGAUGGUCGGCAUGCCGGGCGGUCCGCCCGGUGGCCAUCCGCUCAGCGGGAGUCCGUUCCAUCCGGCCGGUCCGCCCCACCACCACUCGCCGUACGGUCCACCGCAGCCGCACAAUCCGUUCAUCGAGAACCAACUGCCGCCGGUCGGUGGCGGCAAGCCGACCAGCCAUAUGGACGCGCUGCGAGCCCACGCCCAUGCGGCGGCCGGUGGCGGGCUAGGUCCGCCGCCUGGCCAUCAUCCACACCAUCAUCCGGGGCAUGGGCCGCCACCGCCGCCCGGCCACCAUCCGGCGCACCCGAGCGAACCGGUGCACAUCGAAACGCUCGACAUCGAUCCGGAUCCGGAACCGCCGUCCCCUGUCCAUGACAUGAACCGGGGCCCGAGCCCGGAAGCCAAACCGGACGAUACCGAGUGCCACCGGUCGCAAUCAGCAAUCUUCGUACGACGCUGUGAUCGUGGUGACUACAACUCCUGCACCCGUACCGAUCUCGAAUUCAAACCGACGCCCGACUCCAAGCUGGCCCGCAAGCGCGAGGAGCGCGACCGCAAGCUGGCAGAGAAGGAGCGGGAACGGAAAGCACAGCAGGCGGCCCAGGCGCAGCAUCAGCACCAGCAGCAGCAGCAGCAACAGCAGCAACAGCAGCAGCAACAGCAGCACCACCCGUCAAUGCAGCCCCAUCCCCAUCAACCACCGUCCCAUCCGCACCAUCAGCAGCAUCCGAGCGUGACGGCGCACCAGCAGGCGGUGGCAGCUGCCCAGCACCAUCAAGCGGUUGCCGCAUCGGCAGCAGCAGCGGCGGCCGCCGCUCAGCAUCACCAUCAGCAACAGCAACAGGCGCAGCAACAGCAGGCGGCAGCCGUUGCGCAACAUCAAGCGCAACAGGCACACCAUCAGGCACAGCAGCAGGCGGCCGCUCAGCAGCAGGCGCAGCAGCAAGCGGCGGCGGCGGCGGCUGCCGCAGCGGCAGGCAAGCCGGGCAGCGCGGGCAGCAGUAGCUCGGGCUCGGGCGGACCGGGCGGACCGCAGGGUCCACCGCCGCCGGGCCAUCAUCCGGGCCAUCCGUCGCCAGGGCAGCAGUCGAUGAAGCCGGACAUUAAACCGUACCCGGACACGCCGGCCCUCAGGCAGCUGUCGGAGUACGCGCGGCCACACGUUGGUUUUAGUCCUGUGGAAACGAUGGUUCCGCCACCAUACCAUCCACUGUACAAUAGAGAAAGGGACAUCUUUUUUAGGGAAUUCGAGGACCUCAAGAACCAGCCCGGCAUGGGCCCAUCCCGGCUAGAUCCGCACUGGAUGGAGUACUAUCGAAUGAGAGGAAUGCAUCCGUCACAGUUCCCUGGGCUUUAUGGCAAUCCGGCGGCCAUAGCACAACUGGAGCGGGAACGAAUAGGCUUGCCACCGCAUCCUGUUGCUGGGCUGGAUCCAUCCGAUCCGAUGUUGCGCUUGGCUGGCGAAUACCAUGCACACUCCCAUACGCACUUGCACUUGCAUUCGCAACAGCAGCAAGACUCGGCAGCAGCGGCGGCGGCGGCAGCGGCAGCGGCGGCAGCAGGUUUUCAUCUACCACCCAACGUUCCUCCCUAUCCACGGCCGAAUGUUUUAAUGCCGAGGGAUCCCCAUUCGGAGGUGCUGUUGCGUAUGUCCUAUGAUCCACUGCAGGCCGCUGAAUUUCAACGACAAAGUGCAUUAGACCGGGCCCAAUCGCUGCAUGAGCAGUACAUGAGACAACACGAGCGCGAGAUGAAGGUGCGUGCACUGGAGGAAGCAGCACGGGGUGGUAAACAUUAGUAGCACAACCCCAAUUACGACGACAAGUUGGCGGCAGUGAUGCUGUGUCAGGUGGUCCACAACUCUCCUAACAACACCACUGGUACCUUUUUUGGCAGUGUUUCAUGCUGUGCGAACACCAUCAAACACAAACACUCAUCUCACAACUCCUUCCUGAUUUCUUCCCAAAUUUGACCAAAAACACUAAGUAACAAAAACAAACAAACGUUAAAAGCAACACUUCUAGAUUGAUACAAAAGAAAGCUAUAUACAUAUAGUUCUAUAUAGUGGAUAACAAAAGUGUGUAUUUCAAGACUAGGACAGGCAGGCUGGCAGGCAGGCGCAAGACACGCACGCGCGGACACACACACGCAGUGAUAUACAUGUUGUGUGUGUGUUCGUGUGUGUCUGUGUGCUGUGCAGCAGAACGACCAGGGAAUGCUGGUCUUAUAAUUACAAACAUUUUCUUGUCGCGCCCGCCGCGACAACCAUAUGGGUAGGCUUACUUUAGUCUUUUUUCUCUCUUUGAUUAGAUUAUAUUUAAGUAUUAUGAAAUGACUUUGUGUCUCAGCGUAAGGCUAGCCAACAUUAUUAUAGAUUCGAUUCUGCCGCGGGGCACCACCUUUUAAGGGUGAAAGCGGGAAAACAAAACAAUGGAACGGACAGUGAGUGCACCUCCCCAUUGACGAUGUAAAUAUUUAAAUGACUAUGGUUUAGGUUCGCAUUUGCGCGUAACUGACUAUAUAUAUAUGUAUAAUCCAAUUUUAUCGAUUAGUGCUUUAGUGACUAAGCAUCAAGCGUUGGCGCAAGGUGUUAUACGCUUUAUUGUAGGGGUUUUCGUCGACCAGACCAUUUGCUCUGUUGCGUGACACCGCUGUUCGAAUCAUAAGAACCACACGAACACUUUGUGGAUACAGGAAACGAUUAAUGUUUUUUUUUUUAGCGCAUUCAAACUAAGUUCUUACCCCCAGGACCCAUUGCUAAGAGCAUUUUGUCUGCCAUUAAAGAAGAAAGGGGAGGACAGGAAAACAGAAGCUCUUUCAUCUAAUUGCCCUUAACUAAUGAUGCUGAGGGAAAGUGAGAUAACGCGCUUUACACUAAAAAGCGAACAUAAAAAGGGAAAGAGAAUGUUUUGUUACGUUGUUUAAUUUACUGCUCGUUCCAUUUGAUUCUCAUCGAAACCUUGCUUUUGUGCACAAAAUUCCUUUUUUGUCACAAUACUUGUCGGUCGAUCGGUCGUGUGUUAGAAGAGCGUAUCUCAAGUGAGCAGACGUCAAUUGCGUCGCUUGUAAAUAAACACAUCAGUCACGACUUGCAUUUCAAGUGCAUACGAAAAUCAACACCGAUAAGAACGGUAGCAAACAACAAAACACACGUGUCACGGGAAACGGGGGGAUACAGAGAAGUUGAGAACAAAAAAGUGGCAAGAAAAUCACACAAAUUGUAUGUAUAAAACAAAAUCAAUGCGAGAUGAUAUGCAAACAAACAACAACACACAACCACAAAAAAACAACAACAACAAUAUUAGAUUGUAAGUAGAAAACGGUAUAUAUAUUAUAUAUUUUAUAUUUAUGAAGGAAAGGAUGGACGAAACAAAAAAGAAUGGAAAAGUAAUAUUAUACACCAUAUAAGGUAGAGGAAGAAACAGAAAACAAAAAGGACGCAACACGUGUCGUGUUUGCAUGUCGAUCGUGCCGACGAUUCCGAUACGCGCGGAGCCCCACACACAUCUCAGCAUCAUCACGUAUUCGGAAUAGUCUGAAGAAACUGAAGCGAACAAAGUAGUUGGACGCGCGUUUAAUCACCACGCACACAGUGUGUUAUUAUUAUUAUUAUUAUUUGCUCCGUUGGCGUGUUGUCGCCCUCUCUCCCUUGUUUUCCCCAAGUGUUGUACACAGGAAACCCCCUUUUCUUUUAGAGUAAUGACAUUAUUGCACGGGUAGUGAAAUGGGGCGGAAAAAAGCACACGGGGACCGUGUGCGGGUAAUCUGUAAAUGGGUGCGACGGGAAAACGCAUUUAAUCAAAACAAAAACCACACACACACAGACACAACCAACCGCUGCUCCCCAAUCCCUCGUAGACGGUAUAUUGUAUAGAGGAAACCUUAUUAAGAGUUAUGAUAACAAGGGGCAGUAGGCCUGUCGCGUGUGACUGUGUAAAGGGUACCGGCGGAGUAAGUCAUUUGCCGGGUGGGGGAAGAAAAAAUAUCCUUUUUAAUAGCACCAACUCCCCGGGGCUGCCAGUACGGGGCGCCCUUUUCCCGUAUUGCAUUAGUGGUUCCCAUGCAAACAACCAAAUCGUGAAUAUGCAACGCAGUACAGUUAGUUGGCACACGCGCA